AUGCCAAUGGAAAAGUCGAUAAUCCAGAAACUAGGAUUUGAUAAAAACUGGAAGUUCGAAAGAUUGGAUUGUAGGCUUGCAGAAAUUGAGUUCAAAUAUUACAACAUCAUUAAAAUUAUUCCAACCAAAUUCCUGGGAACUUUUUUAGUGAAAAAGAUGAGAAUUGGUACGGUAUCUCCUUCAAUUCUACUCCUUGUUUGUCUUUGUCUAAAGAAUUCUUUCGGCAUAGCGGACUAUCAGAGAAUGAUGCCGAAAGAGUCUACCGCUACAAUAAUCGAGACUACAGAAUCCCCGCCCACUGUACCUGUCACAAAAAAGGAGACUACUGUAGUUCCUACCACCCAAAGAAUCGAAACCACUACAACUUUGAAUCCAAAUAUUCGACUUAUCGAUGAAGCACAAAGGAACGCCUUUUUGGCUAGUAGCAACAAUCAUCGGGAUGUUCAUUUGGCUGGAAGAUUCGCGUUUGUUUGGUCUUGGGACCCCACUCUAGUCGAAUCAGCGACCGAUAGAAUUGCAAAUGAAUGUGACCCGAAAAUCGAUAAUUCUGAUGAACUUGAAGAGAUGAAGUUAACUUAUGAGGAUUUCCGGAAUAUUAGAAGAGAUAAAAAAACGUUGCACCCAAAAAUGAUGCAAGUCUACUAUCAAAUUGGAAUCGCUCGAGUUGGAUGUGCUGGAAGAGUGAAUUGUAAAAACGGGACCACCACUGAAGAGGAUACCUUCUAUUUUUGCCAUUUUGCUCCGAGCAACAUCACCGCUGAUGCGAGUUUUUCGACUGGAUUAAAUGACAAAUGCGAAAAACAUGCAAUGUAUUCAAAUUUAUGUUUGGAUGUCCCAGAAAAGCCAGCAGAAUAUGUGACGUCUCUUCCUGUCAGAAUUGUCUACAUAAAGAAAUCGACGUCUUCUGAAUUUAGAAUCCUUUCCUUGAUGAUUUCUAUGAUAUCCAUUGGAAUUUUUUCCUAA